CCGACAGGAAGAUUAGGUCGCGUUCGUGACCAAAGUAGGAGAACGUCUCGCCUUCCUUCCGUGUACACCAUCGACAUGCCAAUUUCAACAAGACAGUUAAAGCACCCCACCGCAAGUCGACAAGUUUAUCCAAAUAGACGCCCGGAUCGGAUGAAGCGGAAAGAACAAACAAACACAGUAUGCAUGUGCACUUAGGCCCAUGACCCGAGUUACUUAUCGCUUCUAACAUCAGCACUCCUCCCUCGACAACUACCUAUGGUACUAAAUCCUUCAGAUCAGGUGUCUCUCACGUCCAGCGACGGCCUGGCAAGAUGGCUACAUUAUUUCCUCUCUAUCAGAUUAGAGAUGCCGGCAGAUCGAAGAGCUCUCAGGAGUGGUAACCCUGAGUAUCACGGAAUGAAGGUUAAGGAUAUGAUAAAGAAGGAUUUCGGUAGCCAGGACCAGUUCCAACGGUACCUGAAGGUGAAGAGCAGCAACUUGAGGGGGGGUCUAGGGAACCUAAACUCGCUUGAUGAUCUGGACAAGUACAUCAAAAUGAUGGAGACCGAGAUUAGAAAGCCACUGAACAAUUUCUUGGAUUGCGUGACGAGAGUUAUCUGCGCGGAGUCGGCUGUAUUGGCGAUUAUCGAGAAAGCUUUCUCCCUGUAUUCCCUAGAUGGGAAGUGGCAGGCAAUGAAAGAAUUGAACAGACUGUUUGCUUCAUCCCAUCCUUGGUUAAAAGACGUCAUCUAUAGCCGAGAUAAUGUCAGUGACAUAGAACAACAAGAGAAAAUCAAAAAUAUACUGAACGACUAUGACCCUUACAAGAACACAAGCCAUCCGCAACCGAACACCCCUCAGGAGAUCAGAAUCGCGCCAAUGAGCCCGCACGUAGAUCAACCAGGUUAUAGGGCACUCUCUCGGGCCGAUAGUCCAUACCCUUCUCCGGUAAUGCCUCGUGGAACAGUAAAUCGUCCAGAACAGCAGACGGUGGCCAAUCAUAUGCAAGCUACUCCCCGCCUGGGAUCGAUGCAGCCCAGAAGAACCCCGCGGGAAGACCGGGCUACCACGCCAAGCGCGACUGAUGUGCCCCAGACCACUGACGGGCCAGAGACAGAUUGGGGACAACCGAAGCCACCCGACCGUGGUCAAAGGGAGACGGUUUCUCGUCCAAUGUCAGCGUCGCCUAGAUUGCAUGUACCGAGGGAACAAAGUGGAAGGAUGGUCCCGUAUCCUGCGCAGGAGAUGACUCGUAGGGCAGGGAGGCGCUCCGAACAAUCUCCUCUAUCCAGCCAAAAUCACACUGAGCCCUCAAAAAGACCCGAAAUUCCUACGAGAGGGUCUGUACCGCGCACACGAGCUCCACUCAAGCAUGCAUCCUCCCACGUCCGAGGAGCUGCGCCUGCGGCUCCGAUGGAUGACGUGGAGACCACCAAGAGAAAUAUUAACGGGCCAGCCAUUACUGACCAGGAGCGUGGAUCUUAUCUGAAGGGGACGGACCGGCACAACGACGGGUCCGAUGGACAUCAAAACCAGCCGCAAAGCGACGGGCUCCCGCCCGAGCCCUAUGGCCACGGAAAUGGCCUUAAUAGGUGUGUCGCGUAGACUUUUUUCUCAUGAAUAUUCUAUGAAAUCAAUAUGAAUAGGGACGACAACAUGCGUAUAUUAGACGAACCUCGCAUUCUGUCACCGGCUGCUGACCAAGUGCGAACCAAUGUUCAAAGUUCUACCACAGGAGGAUUAGAGCCGUCAACAGGCGCCAGACUGAGGCCUGAGUCUAGGUAUGAACUAG